ACUAAAUAUACGUCGAAGCACCUCAGACUGAAACGUAGUGUGCGACUUGGUGUCAACAUACAAACUGGCCGCCUGCAGUGGUGUCCUGGUGUAACUUGUUGUAAAGUUUUUAUUAUUCUUCCAGUGGUUUUGUUGCCAAUAACAAUUGUACUCAUUCUAUUAAUGCGCAUGGACAAUAUGCUAACAGCACUGCGGUUGCAGCGAGAGCAGCAACUGCCGCAAGGAGAUCAUUACGAAUAUUCGCCACGUCAGGAUCAUUAUCGAUUGGAUUUCCCAACGGCUAAAUGCGAUGAGAUCGAUGAUAUAGUGAAAGAGCAGUUUAUACUCCCUGUGGAUAUGAGUAAAAAGGACGAAAGUGAACAGGAGCGCAUCAAGCGCUGCAUAUCAUUUAAGUUUGGUUUCAGUGAGGGAAUAGAAGUGGAGGAUCGGGAUAUAAUGAAAGACGCGCGGACAUCUUUUCUACCGCAAGAUACCACUGCAAUACCCCGUGAAUGUCUGAAUAAACUCAACUCAGUUAAUGCGGAUCAAAACUUUGUGAAUGAAAUAUGGGAGCAGAUUCUCCGACGUCGUUCACGCAACACCGGUGAGACUGGAGUUAGCGAGGCAAAAUCUGAAUCGAUUCUCCGACGUCGUUCACGCAACACCGGUGAGACUGGAGUUAGCGAGGCAAAAUCUGAAUCGGUUGAUGAUGGGUCCAGCAACACACAGAAUUCGCUUAGCGAAGAGGAUGCGCGACUUUUUGGCUCAACAUCAGCGUUACAGACAUUUUGGAAUGAGGAGGGUACUAAAGAAAGUAUACGAGAAGCCCAAGCAAAGACAAUGAAAGAGUACAUGGACACCAGAAUUAAUCCUUGCACUGAUUUCUAUAAAUAUGCUUGCGGUAACUGGGAGCGUCUGCAUCCUAUACCAAAGGAUAAGGCUGGAUUUGACACCUUUGAGAUGCUACGUGAAAAUCUAGAUGUUGUAUUAAGGGAACUGUUGGAGGCUAAACGAACCACGGAGCCGCCCACAUCUCAAAAUAAAGUAGUAGACAUUCAAAACAAUAAUUAUGGCCACAGCAUCGAAACACGUGCAGAUAUUAUUAAAUUCAGUUCAUCGGUACCCAGUGCAGUGGUUGGAGUGAACAAGAAAGAAGAUUUACCUAAAGCUUCAGGUCAAGAUCAACUAAAAGAAAGAGUCACGCGUCUUCGACGACACAUCGUACACCACCGGGAUGCUUUAGGCGUCGUCUUACGUCGUUACAAGCGCCAACAGGCCAUCUCAAAUAAAAGGAAGCGCUUAAUUACUUUAUUCGGACUGGGUAACCUUUCAUCCGACAGUAUUAGCAGUUCCGAGUAUGUUGACAACGACGAUGCACAACUAAAAGCGAAAUAUCUUUAUCAGUCGUGUAUAACGCACAAUUGNCUUCAGAAGCGUGGUAUUAAACCGCUUACAAAAUUAAUUGAAAAUCUCGGCGGUUGGCCCGUACUAAAUCCAAAUUGGAAUCAACAAAACUUUGAUUGGCUCAAUUUAACCGCACAAUUACGGCGUUACAAUAACGAUAUUCUCAUUGUUGAGUGGGUGGGGCCAGAUAUUAAGAAUUCCGAUGAGAACAUUAUACAAUUCGAUCAGACCAGUCUUGGUUUACCCACACGAGAAUAUUUCCUACAGGACAUGAAUGCUCGAUAUUUGACAGCAUAUCAGUUAUUCAUGUCGGAGAUAAUGCAAAAGUUGGGUGCGUCACGUGAGCGCGCCAUAAAAACGGCCGCCGAAGUGGUGGGCUUCGAAACACGGCUCGCCUCGAUAACAGCACCGGCAGAGCAACGCCUGAAUGUGACCAAGCUGUAUAACCGAAUGACGCUGAAUCAAUUGCACCAGGCGGUACCGGAAAUAAACUGGCUUCGUUACCUAAGCAUUCUCCAGGAUCGAAAUGUUCGCGACUCUGAAGAGGUGGUCAUCUAUGCCUUAGAUUAUAUGAACGAUCUCGUUCGUUUAUUACACACAACCAACCCUGCUACUGUAUCUAAUUAUUUGCUUUGGCGUUUUGUGCGUCACCGCAUAAACAAUGUUGAUGAUCGUUUCGAGGAUACCAAACAAAAUUUUUAUCACUCCCUAUUCGGACGUGAAGAGAGUCCACUUCGUUGGAAAGUCUGUAUUGCACAAGUAAAUACCAACAUGGGCAUGGCCCUAGGCUCGAUGUUUGUACGCAAAUAUUUCGAUGAAAAUAGCAAACGAGACACGCUUAAAAUGACACACGAGUUACAACAAGCUUUUCGUGAAAUCUUAAAAAACACAGACUGGCUCGAUUCGAGCACUAAGCACUUAGCCGAACUCAAAGUUAACGCCAUGUCUUUAAAAAUAGGUUACCCAGACUUCAUACUAAACCCAAUCGAACUGAACGAAAAAUAUUCAGGCAUUCGCAUUCACCCAGAAAAAUAUUUUGAAAAUACUCUUAACGUGCUUCUGCACACUGCCAAAACGGAACAAAACAAGUUACGGGAAUCGGUAAAUAAAACAACUUGGCAGACAGCCCCAGCAAUUGUAAAUGCGUACUACAGCCGCAACAAAAAUCAAAUCAUGUUUCCGGCUGGCAUACUCCAACCACCUUUCUACCAUCGUCACUUUCCUCGUUCAUUAAAUUUUGGAGGGAUCGGCGUUGUAAUCGGGCAUGAGCUUACUCAUGGUUUUGACGAUAAGGGACGACUAUUCGAUCGCAAUGGCAGCAUACACAAAUGGUGGACAGAUGCAUCAAUUAAGGGUUUCGAUGAACGAGCGCGCUGUAUAAUUACCCAGUACAGCAAUUACACAGUGGGAGAGGUCGGCAUAUCACUUAACGGCGAGAGCACUCAAG